AUGCUUAAAACCGAACCAAGAGACUCAACCCAAAAGACUCGACUUCACUUUUUCCUUCUGGCAGAUUCAGUUGCUUGUGAAGGCCGCUCCCUGCUGAAGAGCUUCAUCACAGCUGCCGCCCAGCGGGCAGAGUCCAUCCACGUUCUCAGCUUUGAGCUCCCAGAAUUGGAAUUCAAGGUUGGGCUGAGCACUGAAGUGACCUCCCGGAUAUCGUUUCAAGAUGCUUUCCCCGAACCCUUGGGCUGGUCCGGGAGGGGCAGCGGCCUGACCCUGGGGGAAUUGUCCGCUUCGGAAUUGGCAUCCCGCCUGGCCACCACCUCAUGGGGAUCCACCACACUGGUACUGGAUUCCCUCAGCUGGCUGCUCCUUCGCCUUCCCUUUCCCUCCGUCUGCCAGGUGCUGGCACAGCUGCCCAGGAGAGCGAAUGCGGCUGGGCUGAAAAUUGUCUGGAUUGUGGCCCUCGUCCACAGGGAUUUGCACCUGUCGGCCCAGCUGGAUGUGCUGAAGGCCCUGGCCCGCCUGGUGAUAGCCCUGCAGCCGGGACAGGGUGAGGAGGGGAGACCCCAAACCACUGUCGUCCUCCAUAGGAAGAGGGGGAACCGGCUUCUGCAGAAGACGGAGCUCUUCAGCAUCCUCCCCAGGUUCGGGUUCAAAUUCCUCAGCGAGCUGCCACCGAAAGGCAUUUCCAGAGAGGAUGAGGCAGAAGGAGGACGGGAACCCAUUGCGGUUGAUCCGACAGCCCGCCUGACCUUCAAUGUGCAUCUCACGGAGGCCGACCACCAAGCCAGGGAAUCGGUGCCUCUCCCGUACCACUUCAGUGAGGAAAAGAAAUCCUCUCUGCUGCAGACGUCGACAGAGGAAGGCAAAAUCUACUGCGAACCGGACGCCACCGAUGAUUUUCAUGAUGAAGAUCCCGAUGACUUGGAUGUGUGAAGGAGAAACAGGGGAGCUGAUUUUUUCCCCAGAUCUGGAACUGGAAUCCUUUUACGUCUUCCUGGAGAGCUGCUUUCCUCUGCAAUGCGGGAAUGAUGGCAGACAGAAUCAGUCUGGGCGCUGGGAAUGGACUGGCAGGGCAAAUCGGAACCCGGGGCCAUCCAAAGAGAGAGAAGAACAAUCCAGAUUUGCUGCUUCCUCUGGGAAAAAGGACAGGAGUAAGAAAGUGACCUGCAGGAAAUUGGUUUGGAUCCCUUUGCUGAUGGCGGAGAGAGAUUUGGUUUAACUGUCUUUUUGAGGAAGAUUCCUAGCCAGACAGCCAAUAAACUACCUGAGUGCCGACAGGACUGGCUCCAUACGACUCUUAAUGCAAUAGAAUAGAAUCACAGAGCUGGAAGGGACCUUAGAGGUCUUCUAGUCCAGCCCCCUGCUCAAGCAAGAGA